GCGAGAGACAGACGCGAGCCUUCCCGUCCCUUGCCGACGAGACGAGCGCGCGGGUGACGUGGGGACAGGUGAGCUGUAGAGAUGCGUUUGACGGGAGCAAAGGAGGACUGGCGCGGCUGCUGCUCAUGCUCGGGCGACGGGAGCAAAGCUGUGCCGCUCAGCAGUGCCAGUCUGAAUCGGGAAACGAAGCAGGCCGGCCCGCUGGCACCGUCUCUCCGCCCGGCUUGUCUUUGGUUUCUCGAGGCGCGGAAGCGGACCUGUGCGCUCCCGACGGCGGCGGCGACGACGGCGAUUCUCGUGGCGCUUCGGGGUCUCUCCUCUCCUCUCCUCCCUUUUCUCCUCCUGAAACCUCUUCCUCGUUCGUGAAAAGAAAAGAAAAAAAAAAAAGAAAAAAAAAAGAAUAAUAAGAUGCUCUCCAUCAGUCACGUUCCUCCUCCUCCUCUUCCUCCUUCUCCUCCUCCCCCCACUGCUGCCCCUUCCCCCCUCCCCUACCGCCAGCGUGCCCCCCUGCCUCCUGGUGCCUCUCGCGGCCUGGGCACGGUGGAAGUGUGAACUCCAGUAGGGGAAACGAAGUGAUUCUUGCCUCGCCUCUGUCCUCAGUGCAGCUCGUAGUUCCCUCUUGUGCCUCUCGUCUCCACCAUAUGUUGCACCGUUGCACAGCGAAGUUGCACAGCGAUGAGGUGAUGUGACGUGGAUUAAUUGAAUUGUUUUUUUUUUUCGGGUUAUAUACAAUGCACAGUUGAGACAGCGCGGAUUGGUCCUAAUCACUCAGCAAAGUUCCGCACAGUACGAAGGAAUUAAGAAAGAAAGGAAAGAGAGAAAGAAGAAAAGAAAGAAGAGAGAGAAAGAAGAGAAAGAAAGAAGAGAGAGAAAGAACGCGAAAUAAUCGAAGUGAUGGACAAACUUACGUGACUGGGACUCUUCUUCAAUUCUCUCCCUUCCUUGUCACCUGUUCGUCAAAAAAGAAAAAAAAAAGAAAAAAUAAAAGAAAGGAGAAAAAGAGAGAAAGAUAAAGAAAAAAAAGUUAUCAGGAACUUUUUUUCUUUAAGAUUAAGACGACAGAGAAACUACUGGCUGGCUCGUGACAUGCUCAGGAACCGACCGACGCCCAGAAGCGACGCACCCAGAGGCCGCGCCCUAAGGAACCCCGAGCACGACAGAUGCGGCACGUGGAGAGGAAGAACUGAGAGAAACUGACGACUGGCAACCCGUCUAGCCUUACUGCUGGUCCUGGCCUUCAGCAAGGGAGACGCUCACCUACCUGCCUUCAGACACGCAAUCAAGCACCUGAUUUUGCCUCAAACAGCAGUCUAGUCAAAAUAAUCUUUAUGUGGUGUGUGUAACGUAACAUAUGGUUUCCUUUUGGACAAUGUACAGAAAUAUGUUUUGCUUUAGAAACUUUGCAUUUGUGUUCUCUUCGUUUCUGAUUUGGUGGAUGGACAGUUCACUGGUCUAACGGAAGGAGUGGGUGCAUGGAGGCAUAAUAUCUGUGAUCGGCUGUGAUAUUUCCUGAAACAUAAAUACUUUGAACACUAUAUGUCGAUGGUGCCCAAGAAGAAGAAAAAAAUCAUCAUGAACACCGUAACGCCAAUCCUACUUCCUCUGUGGUUAUAAUGGCUCACGAAAAUACUACUUGAAGACGAAAAAAGAAGAAAACACCAAUUGAUAUUUCUUUGUAAAUAUUUACGCUGUACAAGAGACACGCAAGGGAAUCGGGAGUGUUUUUCUUCUUUUCUUUAAGUGCUUUGGUGUCUAUACUAUUUUUUCGUUCUUGUUUCUUAAUUUUCUUUAUUAUAUUUACUUGACUUGUUUCAGUUAGAUCAAUGGCCAUUUCUUAGGCACUGUUUUUUGGUUGGCAUCCUCUCCUUGCAAUAAUAACAUGUACAGAAACAACAGACGGCUGUUUUCACCUUUAGUUUAUCCAAGACGCCAUUAGUUUGUUUGUGUGUUUGAAAGAGAAGAGAGAAAAAAAUGCUUUGAGACUCACAUAACCAUACGGAUUCUCACGCAUGCGAAUCCCUACACAAACAGAAAGGGAGCCAAAAAAAAAAAAAAAAAAAACAAAGCCAAAAACCAAAAGAAAAGACCUCCUUCCCCCUCGGAAAAUAAACAAACAAAAGCAAAGGUAAUGAAAUAAACCAAACUCCGACAAAAAAAAAAAAAAAAAAAAAAAAAUGUAAGAGAAAAAAAGACAACAUACACCGAUAGAAAGAAAAAAAAAACAUCUAUAUAACAAAAUAGAUAAAUAGGUAACGAAUCGACAAAACAUCGAGAGCAGCAGCAGCCACGCACUUCCCAGCAUCAGCCCGACGCAGCAUCAAGAUGAGUGAGGCAGACGAGAUGGACUUCGAGAUGGAGGCCAACAGGGAGGCCGGGAUGGAAGAUCUGGAGGAUGAUAAUGCAGGAAUCGAUCCCUUCCUGGAUUUCUUGCCCAAUUACAUCCUCUGCAACCAGUCCAAUUUUACGAACCUUCCACUUUGCAACAACAAGACUCUGGAGGACGAGACUUUGUUCGAAUAUGGUUUCAUCGUCGCCAUUGUCGUUCCCAUCAUCUUCGGCAUAAUCUUCCUCGUAGGUCUGUUCGGCAACACACUCGUCGUCAUCGUCAUCAUCAUCAACAGACAGAUGAGAUCCACUACGAAUUAUCUUAUCUUCAGCCUAGCAGCGGCAGACCUCCUCUUCAUUGUCUUCUGCGUUCCCUUCACGGCUUCAGACUACAUGCUGAAGUCGUGGCCAUUUGGGCGAGUGUGGUGCCAGACGGUGCAGUAUCUCACCUACGUUACAGCGUAUGCCUCGGUCUACACACUGCUACUCCUAUCCUUUGAUAGAUUCCUUGCUGUGGUUCAUCCAAUAGCUGCCUUGACAAUUCGCACGGAGCGCAACGCGCUGUACGCCAUCGCGGGCAGCUGGAUCCUGAUCCUGGGCUCGUGCAUCCCCGUGUACAGAUGCCACGGCACGAAAAGGAUCAAUUUCGACGACGAGAUUCUGAUCACGUGCAGCUUCCUGAACGAGGAAUAUAAUCAUAUGGCUUUCCACAUCGCCUUCAUCACCAGCAUGUACUUCCUGCCGCUGACGGUGAUCGUGGUUCUGUACCUGUUGAUCCUGAACCGACUGUGGUUCGGCAUGCAGCCCGGGGGGAACCGCAGCGCUGAGAGUAUUAGGGGCAAGAAGAGAGUGACCCGGAUGGUGGUCAUCGUGGUCGUCACUUUCAUUGUCUGCUGGUUCCCCAUCCAGCUGGUGCUGUUGCUCAAGUCCCUGGGGAUGUACCAGAUGACAACCUUCCAGAUCAUCAUGCAGAUUGCGGCUCAGGUCCUAGCCUACAUCAACUCCUGUGUCAACCCAAUCUUAUACGCCUUUCUCUCCGAUCCUUUCAGAAAAGCCUUCCGGAAGGUGAUAUCCUGCGGCCCGCAGCGCCGAGCGGCGAUCAACGGCCGGACGGACUUCGAAAGGUCGAUGGAGACGCGGCCUCUGCGCCCGAGUCCCAACGCCAUCCCCAUGACCAACAUGGCGUCCAGUGACCAGCUGUUGACUCCCUCGUCCGCUAUCCUUCGCCACGAGACGACCAACACGACCACCACCAGCUUCACGAACGGCGCCGCGCGCGAGGACGGUGGCACCAAGAGGACCCAGUCGCACGAGAAGCUCCUGAACCAGCUGGCGGUCAACAGCCCCGCGCAGGACUACGGGGGCGUGAGGGGCGCAGGCCAGGGCGAACACAACAGCCUCGAGGGGGGGCAUCCCGAGUGACGUCCUUACGAGCAAAAGCCUUUGAAAAGAAAGAAG